UACGUCUUCUACCGGCUUCUUUUUCCUUUUUCCUUCGCUAUCGCUUGUUAUACACUAAAGGAAGAAAAGCCGGAUCCUUCGAAUGUGAUAUCAUCACCUUUUUUGUCCCUUAGAAGAACAUCCACAUGAUACAGAUGAAACCUAGGCCAACCUUCUUCUUUGCUCUUUUUGUAUUACAUUCAUCCCCACCCUGUUUUUGUACACUCUGUUCUUUCUGCUUCCUUUCGUUCCCUCCCUCCCUCCCUCCUUUCUCCCCCAAACGCAACCCCCCCUCCCUCCGCUCAUCUUCUCAUCAUCGUCAUCAUCAUCAUCAUCCUCCGCCUUUUGUUGUUUUUGUUUCGUUCAAGCGUAAUUGUUCAACAUGUGUUGUGCCACACACAUAGAGAGAGAGAGAGCGCGCUUGUCGUCCAGGUGCGCGGUGACCAAAAGUAAAAAAUUGUGUUGCUGGGUCACGAAUCGUUUUUGCAGAUACGCACU